UAAAUUAGCAACUCAAACUGAAAACCUAAUAUCCUACUCAAACUGUCCAGCCCACGUCUGUACUUAGGCCUAUAAAUUGCUCUACUACAGUUGCAGCUCUACCCAUCUCAUCUCAGCACCAAGCUCUCUCAUUUCCUCUCCUUAAUUCCCUAUAAUUCUACAAAUUUACAUGAACCAAAACUACAAUAUAGGUACAUACUGUAUCGUAACUAAAGGAUCAUUGUCGAAUCCUGCGAUAGCAGAACUAAGAAAGGCUUGAAAUGGUUUUUUCUUGUAAAGUUGGUGUGUAUGUAGUUGUAUUACUAGUGGCUAGUGGAAUGGCAAUGGGGGCAACCCCAAAGAAGGCAGUGAAUGUGCCAUUUGGUAGAAACUAUGUUCCUACGUGGGCUUUAGAUCAUAUUAAGUACUUCAACGGUGGUAAUGAGAUUCAGCUUCUUCUUGACAAAUACACUGGCACUGGAUUUCAGUCCAAGGGAUCCUAUCUUUUUGGGCAGUUUAGCAUGCAUAUAAAGAUGGUUCCCGGAGAUUCUGCAGGCACUGUUACUGCUUUUUAUCUAUCGUCGCAAAACUCAGAGCAUGAUGAGGUAGAUUUCGAGUUCUUGGGCAACAGAUCUGGGCAGCCAUAUAUACUACAGACUAAUGUCUUCACCGGUGGAAAAGGUGACCGUGAGCAGAGGAUUUUCCUCUGGUUUGAUCCCACCAAAGCUUACCAUUCUUACUCUAUUUUGUGGAAUCUCCACCAGAUUGUGUUCUUCGUUGAUGACAUUCCCAUAAGAGUGUUCAAAAACAGCAAAGACUUGGGAGUCAAGUUCCCGUUCAAUCAACCCAUGAAACUAUACUCAAGCUUGUGGAACGCCGAUGAUUGGGCAACAAGGGGAGGUCUGGAGAAGACAGACUGGUCCAAGGCGCCCUUCGUCGCCUCCUACAAGGGCUUUCACAUAGACGGAUGCGAGUCGUCGGUGAAUGCCAAAUAUUGUGCUACUCGGGGAAAGCAUUGGUGGGAUCAGAAGGCAUAUCAAGACCUCGAUGCUUAUCAGUAUCGUCGCCUCAAAUGGGUUCGGAAGAGAUUCACAAUCUACAAUUAUUGUACUGAUCGAGUGAGGUUCCCUAAAAUGGCUCCAGAAUGCAAAAGAGACCGCGACGCGUAGUUUCAUCAGUUGUGAGCCUGAGUCAUGCUAACACAAGGCUUUGCAAUUCUGUUCCUCUGCAACAUAUGCUUAAAUGAUCGAUGAAUGUUGUAUGCUGUCUUUUUCUUGGAAUUCUUAAGUACGCUCCACAAUUCUUCCUCUGGAUUCUGGGGCACUAUAUUUUCUGUAUAAAUUACUCCAAUAAUAGUCUCACAUCACUGCAAGAAA